GUUAGGGUCCUCAGGCUGCCGUCUGCGAGCGUUCGGGGGCGGCGCGGCUUGGAAGUGGGCGCACGUUCCCCGGGCUGCGUGGGUGGGUGUGGGCUCCCUUUCCGGCCUUCCGGCGCUUCGCCUCACUACCUCUUUGGCUGGAGACGCCGCAGACCCUAGGAGCGGCCACCCCAGGAAGUAGCCCCGGAGCGGAAGUGGAGAAUGGCCCCCUUGAGUGAGGAGGGCAAGUGAAGCGUCCCCUCAGCAGAUCUUGGGGGCAGAAGUGGGCGUGAGCGAAGGGACCGGGCGGCUGGAUUGGAGCUUGAGACCCACUUCUACCAGAUGAAAUGAAGUCUUGGGUACCCCUGUCACAAAAUUUUAAUUUAAUUUGAAAAUGAGUAAGUACAAAAAGCCACCAGUUCAUCAGAUAGCAAGUCCUGAGACGUUCAGCCCAGAUGUUCUUGCUGACAUUUUUGAACUCUUUGCCAAGAACUUUUCUUACGGUAAGCCAUCUAAUAAUGAAUGGCAGUUACCAGAUCCCAGUGAGAUUUUCACCUGCAACCACGUGGAAUUUAAUUCAUUUCUUGAUUUGAAGAACUCUCUGAAUGAAGUAAAAAACCUACUAAGUGAUAAGAAACUUGAUGAGUGGCAUGAGCACACUGCUUUCACUAAUAAAGCUGGAAAAAUAAUUUCUCAUGUGAGAAAAUCUGUGAACGCUGAACUUUGUACUCAAGCAUGGUGUAAGUUUCAUGAGAUUUUGUGUAGCUUUCCACUUAUUCCACAGGAAGCUUUUCAGAAUGGAAAACUAAAUUCCCUACACCUUUGUGAAGCUCCUGGCGCUUUUAUAGCUAGUCUCAAUCACUACUUAAAAUGCCACCGGUUCCCCUGUGAUUGGAGUUGGGUAGCCAAUACUCUGAAUCCAUACCAUGAAGCAAAUGACAAUCUAAUGAUGAUUAUGGAUGACCGGCUUAUUGCAAAUACUUUACACUGGUGGUACUUUGGUCCAGAUAACACUGGUGAUAUCAUGACUCUGAAAUAUCUGACUGGACUUCAGAAUUUCAUAAGCAGCAUGGCUACCAUUCACUUGAUCACUGCAGAUGGGAGUUUUGAUUGCCAAGGAAACCCAGGUGAACAAGAAGCUUUAGUCUCUUCUUUGCAUUAUUGUGAAGUUGUCACUGCUCUGACAACUCUUGGAAAUGGUGGCUCUUUUGUUCUGAAGAUGUUCACUUUGUUUGAACAUUGUUCCAUAAACCUGAUGUAUCUGCUAAACUGUUCCUUUGACCAAGUCCAUGUUUUCAAACCUGCCACUAGUAAGGCAGGAAACUCAGAAGUCUAUGUGGUAUGUCUCCGCUAUAAAGGAAGAGAGGCCAUCCAUCCUGUGUUAUCUAAGAUGAUGCUGAAUUUUGAGACUGAAAUGGGCAGCAAAGCUCUCUUUCCCCAUCAUGUGAUGCCUGAAUCUUUUCUUAAAAGACAUGAAGAAUGUUGCAUGUUCUUUCAUAAGUAUCAGCUAGAGACUAUUUCUGAGAACAUUCGUCUGUUUGGGUACAUGGGAAAAGAGGAACAAGCAAAGCUGAAUAAUUUAAGGGACUGUGCUGCACAAUAUUUCAUGCAGAAGUUUCAGUUGAAGCCUCUUCCCAGAAAUAAUUGGCUAGUAAAAAGAUCUAAUAUUGGUUGUAGUACAAAUACAAAAUGGUUUGGGCAGAGGAACAGGUAUUUUAAAACAUAUAAUGAAAGGAAGAUGCUGGAAACCCUUUCAUGGAAAGAUAAGGUGGCUAAAGGAUACUUUAAUAGUUGGGCUGAAGAACAUGCUGUAUAUCAUCCUGGGCAGAGUUCUCUUUUAGAAGGGGCAGGUUCCAAUCUUGAGUGUCACUUAUGGCAUAUCUUAGAGGGAAAGAAACUGCCAAAGGUAAAAUGUUCUCCUUUCUGUGAUGGUGAAAUUUUAAAGACCCUUAAUGAAGCAAUUGAAAAAUCAUUAGGAGGGGCUUUGAAUGUAGAUUCCAAGUAUAGGCCAAAACAGCAGUAUUACUGUUCUUGUCAUGUUUUUUCUGAGGAACUGAUAUUUUCUGAGUUGUUUAGCCUUACCAAGUGCCUUCAGGAUGAGCACGUUGUGGGACCCAGCAACCAAAUAAAGUGCCUACUUGUGGGUUUGCCAGCUCUCUAUGAUAUCAAAAUGAAUGUACCAUUGGAAGUUCAAUUCCUGGAAUCGGCUGAGCUCAUGACUUUCAGCUGCUCAUUGCUUCAUGAUGGAGACCCGAAAUACCAGCAAUCAUUUUUGAACUGCCUUCUACAUUCACUGCAGCAGCUUCAUACAGGAGAUGUUUUGAUUUUGCCUAUACUUUCUUGUUUCACAAGAUUUAUGGCUGGUUUGAUCUUUGUACUCAACAGCUGUUUCAGACUUAUCACAUUUUCUUGUCCUACAUCCUCUGAGCCUCUGAGGAGUUGUGCAGUCCUGCUAUGUGUUGGCUUUCAGGACAUUCCAAGUCCCGUUUUCCAGUAUCUGCAGAAUGUGAAUGAAUUGUUGAGCACAUUGGUUAACACUGAUGCACCUCAACAGGUUUUACAGUUUGUGCCAAUGGAGGUGCUCCUUAAAGGGGCACUGCUUGAUUUUUUGUGGGAUUUGAACGCUGCCAUUGCUAAAAGGCAUUUGCAUUUGAUUAUUCAAGCAGAAAGAGAAGAGAUCAUCAAUGGCCUUCAGUUAUGAAAUUGAGCAUAUUCUUUCUGAGCUUCAACUAUGGCUUUUUAUAGUUUGUAAUGUUGUUUCAUCCCUUUGCUCUAUUAAUGCUAAGCCUUAGCAGUUUUCAUUUUGAGGAAAAGCCAAAUUGCAUCAUUCAAAGUCUUAUCAUUUCUGGGAAACCACCAGCUAGUUCUGACCUUUGAUGUAUGCACACCCACAGGCAUAGAGUUCUUCCCAUGUGGUGGAAUCUAUGCAAUGAUGAUAUUCAACCUCUAAACCUGAGGGGGGUGUGUGUGCUUAGGGUGCACACCCAUGCCGUUUAGUUGAUCUUAUUUAUCAGUUUAAGAUUUACCUGUGUGCCUUCAUUCGGGAUAAAUUUUUUUUCCCAACUAAGUUCAUCUAAGCAGACUGUUUCCAUAUGGCACAAUGGCUAAUGCUGUUAAUGAAUCGAUUAGGUCAUUGGUGAAAGGAGGUGAGUCACUUAGCAAUACUGACUUCCUUUAACACUUAAAAUGUCAGUUGUGGAUUUAAGGGAACUCAUCUUGCCAGAUUUCUUGAUAUGUGCCAUUCAUUGCUCUUAGGCCAUUGACCCAGUUUACUUUUAUGGUUCAAAUGAAGCUAGUGUACUGUUUCAUGAAUAUUUUAUUAACCAGAACCAUUCACAGAAAGGUUACCGGCACAGCUUGAAACCAAAGACCAUGUUUAAAACAAUGGAAAAUUGUUUGCUGUGUCUAAUAACACUCUUGUAUCAUGAAAAGCUUCAUUUAACAAAGGUGUAAUAAUUUUUAACUUCCAGGAAAUAAUCUGGGAACUAAACAUUUUUUUUAAUUGCAAAAUAGUGUUUAUGACUUCAUAUUGGGGACAUAUGAAUGUGAUGAACAGUGAAUACUGAAGACAAUUUUAAUGCUUUCAGAAUGAUGGUUCAGCAUUUUAAAAAUUUCUUUAAUCUUUACUAAUUAUCUCUUUCAGUAUGAAAAUGACACUUUACCAAGAAGAUCAGCCAUGAGAUGGUUAUUUUAUUAGUUACAUUUAAUUUCUUUUAAGUUGUAUGUAUUUGACAGUGUAAUAUGAGCUUUUCUAACUAUAUCGAGCAAAUCUCCACUACCUUGAAGUUCCACAAAUGAAGAAUAUUUAUAUUGUCAUAUAUGUAUUUUAGGCGUUUUUGUUAGUUAUAUGAAAAAUAGAUGUAUUCUGUGACGUAUUUGGUUGAUGAAUAUUAAUCUGAAAAUUUUUCGUGUUCUUUGCCAUUUUGAAUUCCAUUAUAGAUUCAUGAAUAAAAUCAUUAGCAGAGAGAUUGUUUUCAUCUUUUCUUUUUAAAAAAGAAUCAUGGAGGGGGUAGUUAAAAAUGUAAUUUGAGAAUAGACUUUUUAAAGGAAGGUUUGAAUGAGAGCUAAUAAUUCUUCUGAUUUCUAUUCAUUAGAAUUUGGUCCUUAAUAUUAUUUAUGGAAGAUAUCCUUUGGGAGAGAAAUUGAGAACUUGAUGGAGGGGUAGGGAUUUAGUUCUUGCCAGAGUGGGUGUGGAGGCCUGGAGGGGUAGAUUUCUGAAGGAAAUGUGUUUCCCACUGAUGAUGUAUAGGAAUUUCUUUUUGAGAGAAACGGAAGGAAAAAUGCUGUCCAAGAAAUGAGUGAAAAAGUAGAGGAGGACAGUAAGAUGUGAAAGGUGGUUUGUAUAGUUUAUCAAGUUACUACCCUUUUUUUUUUACAUUUUUUAACUGAGAUUUUUAACUUAAUUGUGAUGCUUUUGGAAGAGUUUUUAGCAGC